AUGGAGACUCGACCUGAUCGGCCCUUUUCUUACUGGGAAGGGAGGAGUCAAAUUAGUCAUGGUGGCAGUGGACUACUUCACGAAAUGGGUAGAGGCGGAGGCUUUAGCUUCCAUCACAGCUCAAGCAAUCACAAGGAUAAAAGUCAAGUACUCAUCUCUGGGACACCCUCAAGCCAACAGGCAGGCGGAAGCAACCAACAAGGCCCUCCUGAAUACCCUAAAGAAAGGCUGGUAGCCCAGAAGGAUAGCUGGGCCGAUGAGCUCCUUAGGGUACUGUGGGCUCACAAAACGUCUGUCAAAACCGCUACGGGAGAGAUACCCUUUGCUCUAGUCUAUGGGGCCAAGGCGGUGGUUCCCGUAAAGGUGGGAAUGGCAACAUCCCAAAUCCAACACUUCCGACUUGACUUGCAAUGA